GGGAGCCAGGGAGCAGCUGGCGCUGGCUGCAGGAGCCUAGUUCCGGGCCAUGGGGAUCCUGCAUCCUGAGCAGCACUGGCCCUCUUGGCCACUGAUAUGAGCCCCUGUGGUCUUAACGUGAGCCUAGCGGACGAGGCAACAGCGUGUGCAGCACCCAGAGUCCCCAACACAUCUACGGUGCUGCCAGGCGAUUCCGGCACAUCACCGGCGCUGCCUAUCUUCUCCAUGACCCUGGGUGCAGUGUCCAACGUGCUGGCGCUGGCGCUGCUGGCACAAGCAGCAGGUCGUCUGCGGCGGCGCCGCUCAGCUGCCACUUUUCUGUUGUUCGUUGCUAGCCUGCUGGCCAUUGACCUGGCAGGCCAUGUGAUCCCGGGAGCGCUGGUGCUUCGCCUGUAUGCUGCAGGACGUUCGCCUGUUGGCGGGACCUGUCAUUUCUUGGGUGGCUGCAUGGUCUUCUUCGGCCUGUGCCCACUCUUGCUUGGCUGCGGCAUGGCCGUGGAGCGCUGCGUGGGUGUCACGCAGCCGCUGCUCCAUGCGGCGCGCAUGUCAGUGGCCCACGCACGCCUGGCACUGGCCGUGCUGGCCGCCAUGGCUUUGGCAGUGGCGCUGCUGCCGCUAGCACACGUGGGUCACUACGAGCUACAGUACCCUGGCACCUGGUGUUUCAUUGGUCUUGGACCUCGUGGAGGUUGGCGCCAGGCAUUGCUUGCUGGCCUCUUCGCCGGCCUUGGCCUGGCGGCGCUCCUUGCGGCACUUGUGUGCAAUACGCUCAGCGGCCUGGCGCUCCUGCGAGCCCGCUGGAGGCGUCGCCGCUCUCGACGUCUCCGUGACACCACAGGCUCCGAAGAUCGCCGGCGCUGGGGGUCCCGUGGACCACACUUGGCCUCCACCUCGUCUGCCUCAUCCAUCGCUUCAGCCUCCGCCACUCUCCGUAGCUCCCGGGGCGGCGGCGGCGGCUCGGUGCGCAGGGUUCGCGCGCACGACGUGGAAAUGGUGGGCCAGCUCGUGGGCAUCAUGGUGGUGUCGUGCAUCUGCUGGAGCCCCCUGCUGGUAUUGGUGAUGUUGGCCAUCGGGGGCUGGAACUCUAGCUCCCUGCAAAAGCCGCUGUUUCUGGCUGUGCGCCUCGCGUCGUGGAACCAGAUCCUGGACCCGUGGGUGUACAUUCUGCUGCGCCAGGCCGUGCUGCGUCAACUGCUUCGUCUCCUGCCCGUGAGGGCCGGUUCAAAGGAUGGCUCAACAGAGCUGGGCCUAACCAAGGGUGCCUGGGAGGCCAGUUCACUGCGUAGCUCCCGGCACAGUGACUUCAGCCAUCUCUGAGUGUGCCCAGAAGCUAAGCCAAACCACUGGGCAGGGCUCGAGGGUGUAGAGAGCCUCAAACACUAACAUGGGCGAUGUGUCCUGUGUGGUGGAACACACACUGUGACUGCUCAUUAGUGAAAGAGGCUCCACCCAGACGAGUACAAUUUUAACGUUGGCCACGCGGUGGCGCAGACAUAUUGGGAUGUUCCAAAUAUCAGAGGUGGGCUCCUCAGGUCGGCAGCUCCAAAAGCAUGCGCACUACACCGAAUCCUUAGUUCUGAGAUCAGAGAUUCCCCACAAAUGCAACGAGGUUUUGGGUCCACUUCCUGUCUCUGCCACCGCCUUGCAACCAAGCAUUCUCCUUAUUUUGAUCUCUGUCCUAACCCUGUACCCACUACAGCCUUAUAACCCCAACAUUCUCCAACACAGCCCUGAGCACCGUCCUCAUCCCCCACUAAUGCAUGUUCCCAGCUUGACCGUUCAAUUGAGCCCUAGCACAGUUCUGUCCCCCGAGUCUGCCUGCCUCCAUCACCUGCUCCAAGCAUACCCCACCCCAGAUUGCACAAAGAGGCUGAAAAUGCAUAUAUGGGGUAAACCCCAAAGGCCUUUUUAAAACCAAGAACUCUUGGGCAAGGCAGGGGCUUGGGGCUAGUAGCCUCCUGCCACAAAGUCGAAAUCCUGGAAGGCAGCCUGCUCCGCAGCAGUGAGGGGCCGCGCAUCCCGGGGUGGGCUCAGCGUGGGCGCCUCCCCAGUGAACUCCUCAUCAAAGUUGCUGACGUCUGUGCGCCCCGAAAGUGUAGGCACGAAGGGUGGGGGCAGGCGACGAGCCAGCAGGACAUCCCAGCCCAGCGUCUGUGGAGAGGAGGACAGAGAGUCAUGAUGGAGGAUGCCGGGAAAGUCUAGAGACCAGCAGGAAGUAGACAAGGUGCAGAGGGACUAGAGCUCAGAUCAAUCAAGGGAGUCUGGGGUAGCUCAGGUUAGUCCUGUAACGACAUGGGCUUGGAUUAGCAGUGGGAGUAAAGAGGGGAAUGAGGGGUGCAGACAAAAGAAGGUAACAUUUGAGAGGAAUCAUGGUGACCUUGGGGGCUGACAAUAAAACUCUUGAGAUGGAGCAACUAGAUUUGGGGUGGGAAUGAACUGGGAGAAACACCCAGGUCCUUGGGGGUGACUGACAGGGUGAGGAAGGAGUCUGCUCACCCUGAAAAAAGGCUGUUUUUUCACAUCUUCUGCGUCCCGCUCAGUGGCUCCCAACCUCCGCUCUGGGUUCCUCCGCAGCAGCUGUGAGACGAGGCACAUGUCAAUGUGUAUCUGAGUCCUGUGCCUCAGAACCCUUUUCUGCCUACCUUGCCCUUUGUGGUAGGGGGUAUGCUUACCCUUCUCAUGAUGCCAAUGGCCUCUGCUGACAGGAAGCGGGGAUAACGAACCUCAUCGUUGACAAUACUGUCAAAAACCUCCUCCUCAUCAUCCCCAGGGAACGGAGACUGGAGGGCAGAGAGAGUCAGGUUGAGUAAGACCCCACUUUUAGCCAGUCCAGCUCACCCAGUACUACCCAAGGGCCCUACCCCUACCCCUGGGGGUGCCCUAGAGCUGGCUUACAGAGGGUAAGUAUCUCGUUUUAUUUACAGAAACUGAGAUCAGAGAGGCAAAGCUAACACAUAGCAGGAGCAGAUUCCCAUCCCACGCCGGGGCACAUGCAUGUUCUCUACAGAAAAGAAGGUAGCCUAGGUCUCACCUCCCCAACCAACAUCUCAUAGAGCAGCACGCCCAGUCCCCACCAGUCCACCGCUCGCGUGUAGGAUGUGUCUGUCAGCACUUCGGGCGCCAGGAACUCUGGGGUUCCACAGAAUGUGCUUGUCCGGUCUCCAUAGCCCAUCCCUGGGUGGAGUGGAAAGCAAGGCCAUGUGAGCCACCAGUGGCUGGGGGGUGGGGUAGAGCAUGAGACUCUCCAAUUAGCCAGCCCUACCCCUAAUCAGUAUAGGGUGACCCAGGGAGGAGGGGCUAAAGCUGGCAAACUACCCUGAAGCUCUUAGGGUGAGCAUGUGCCUGCAAGCAAAGCCCAUAAAGAAGAAAAUGUCACCUGACCACCCCCUAGUCCUCUCAUCCCAGGAUUGCAGCCCCUCACCCUCCUUGCAGAGGCCAAAGUCUGCGAUCUUGACGUAGCCCUCAGUAUCCAGGAGCAAAUUGUCCAACUUCAGGUCCCUGGGGAAUGGGGGUGUCAGGGGAUGUAAAGAGGGGUGAUUGGGAGUGGGGGCUUUGUACAGAGCUUGAGCACGUCCAGUCUAUGGGCAGAAUGUGCUCUCGUGUACACACCUGUAGACAAUCUUGUGUUCAUGGAGGAACUGCAGCCCCAGCACCACACAGGCGGAAUAGAAGCUGCAGAGACGCACAAGUUCACACAAGCCUGGCUCCACCGGCGCCAGAGUCCCUAACCCCUGGGGUCCCA